GACAUUAAUAUUUAAUUAGUAGAGCAAGAAUGGCGACUGAGGCAGUAGAAAUGAAACUCUAUGAAGCUGCAUCAAAAGGGGAUGUAACAACUCUUCAACAACUAGUUAAACAAGAUCCAUAUCUCAUUCAUGGAGUUUCAUUUCCAUGUUCAAGAAAUCUUCUACACAUAGCAGCAAUGUACGGACAAAUAGCCAUUGUUGAAGAAGUGUUGAAGAUUAAUCCGCUGCUAGCUCGGAUUUCGGACUCCCAAAAAUCGUCACCUCUUCACAUUGCAGUGGACCAAGGGAACCUUGAAGUCACAAAAAGAUUGUUGUUGGUGGCCCCAGAGAUGUGCUGGUGGCGAGACGAUCAAGGGAUGAACCCGGUUCAUAUUGCAGCCAUGAAAGGGCAUUUUAUUGUUUUAGCGGAGUUGCUUCAACGGGAUCUAUUUCCCGCCCGGGAGAGAGUGCAUCGCGGUCAGACCGCGUUGCACUUGUGUGUGAAACAUUGCCAAAUUGAGACAUUGAAGAUUUUGGUGGAAAAAUUGGGAGACUUAGUUUGUGCAAAGGAUGAUGAUGGGGAGACGCUCUUGCAUUUGGCUGUUAGAUCCAAUCAACUUGAGAUUGUACGAUAUUUGGUGGAAAGUAACAAAAUAAAGAAACUAGCAACGAAUUCCACUGGCAAAACAGCACUGGAUAUCUUGCACGAGAGCUUUCGCGACACAAGCACAUAUUUAGAAAUGCGAAGAAUAUUGCAUAACGUCUAUCCCCAGUCGAUCGUCGAGCACUUUCCUAAGUUGACCGACAUGACGAUGGUGGUGGUUGUCCUGAUAGCCACGAUGGCGUUCCAAGUGACGGUCAGCCCCCAGGGGGCGUGUGGCAGGAUGACACGCCAUCACACAACGCGGGCAGAGCAGUGAUGGCCACCACUCAUCCUAAAGUCUAUGAACACUUCAUUAGUGCUACCACCACGGCUUUCAUUUCAGCGAUCGUCACAAUCCUCCUUAUCAGCACCGGAGCGCCACAGGUGAACUUCUUUUUUCUGGCGAUCGCGACCUAUUCCAUGUGGGUGGCGAUUACGUCUAUUGGAGUGAGUUAUGGAGUUUCCUUAAUUAUGACCAAUCCUAUGGAAACAAAAUCAGUUGGCAACAUAGUUGUCAUAGUAGCCUCUGUUUUCGUCUUCGUUUAUUUAUUACUGUUCCUCUACUUUCCAAUACGUAAACUUGUUUCGUCGUUGCUUAGAAGAAUGCAGAGGUUGCAACAAGAUCUUAUAGACGAUCCCGAAAAACUUCCCAAACCUGCGCCGGUUUCGACGUAUGUAAGAAUACAGAGUUGGCUACAAGUUCUUACAACUACUCCCUUGAAGGCAUUGUUGGAAAAGGGGGAGUAAGGACUUUUGCCUUUCCUUAUGCCACGGCUUACAGUUUGGUUUGUUUUAAAAGUUUUGUUGAAUUUUUCGUCUUCAUUUUGUUUUGUAUAUUUCCUUCGGUUGUAGUUGAAA